AUGGCUACACAAAGUAAUGUCAAUACAUCCAUUUCAAGGGUAUAUGCUGAUGUUUUAUCAACGAAACCUCAAGCAUUCUGGAAUUAUGAUGAUUUAAAUAUCAAAUGGAAUUCUCAAGAUAAUUACGAAAUAGUAAAGAAAUUGGGAAGAGGUAAAUAUUCUGAAGUCUUCUUAGGUAUUGAUUUAACGAAAGGAGAUAAAGUUGUCAUAAAGGUAUUAAAACCAGUAAAGAGAAAGAAGAUCAAGAGAGAAAUAUCGAUCUUAAAGAACUUAGUUGAAGGUCCAAAUAUUGUUUCUUUACUUGAUGUGGUUCGAGAACCUCAACUGAAAACCCCAGGUUUAAUAUUUGAACAUGUUAAUAAUGUUGAUUUCAGAACAUUAUAUCCUACAUUCAAUGAUUAUGAUAUAAGGUUCUAUAUGUAUGAGUUGUUAAAAGCUUUAGAUUAUUCACAUUCCAUGGGAAUUAUGCAUAGAGAUGUGAAACCACAUAAUGUUAUGAUAGAUCACGAAAAGAAAACCUUAAGAUUAAUCGAUUGGGGGUUAGCUGAAUAUUAUCAUCCUGGAACCGAAUACAAUGUAAGAGUAGCUUCACGUUAUUUCAAAGGUCCUGAGUUAUUAGUUGAUUUCAGAUUAUAUGAUUAUUCAUUAGAUUUAUGGUCUUAUGGUUGUAUGUUAGCAUCAAUGGUGUUCAUGAAAGAACCAUUCUUUCAUGGAAAGUCCAAUACUGAUCAAUUAGUACAGAUUGUAAGAGUGUUGGGAUCAAAUAGUUUAAACAAAUAUCUUGAGAAAUAUGGCUUAACCCUUAGUGAUGAAUAUGAAGAUAUAGGUUAUUACAAUAGAAAACCAUGGGAAAGAUUUGUAAAUGAUAAUAAUCAACACUUGGUUUCAACUGAGUUCAUUGAUUUCAUCGACAAAUUAUUAAGAUAUGAUCAUCAAGAAAGAUUAACUGCCAAAGAAGCUAUGGAUCAUCCAUAUUUCGAUCCAAUUAGGGAAGAAGCAAAUAAAUAA